AUGGCUAUCUUGGAAACGAAGUUGGAGGAGCGAAAGUUGAUGAGGAUUUUGAGAAACAAGUUCAUUGGCUUUUGGCAUGCAAAUAACUUUGCUACUCACAAAGGUGGACGUAUUUUGAUUUUGUGGAAUCCAUCCAAAGUCAUUUUGGAUGUGAUGGAGGUUCAUCCACAAAUCAUUCAUUGUAAAGCUAUUUGCAAGGUAACUUCCUUCACCUUCCUUGUUAGUUUUGUUUAUGGCUUCCACACUAUGGUUUGUAGAAGGCCUCUUUGGGAAAACAUCAUGGACUUCAACACAAAUGUUGCAUUGCCUUGGAUGAUUUUGGGGGACUUCAACAACGUCCUUAAAUUUGAUGAGAAAAGUAACGGGGCGGAUGUCAACCCUUAUGAAAUCAAAGAUCUUGCAAAUUGUUGCCUUCAAGUGGGACUAACGGAUGUACGGUCUAUUGGUUGCUUCCUCACAUGGACCAAUGGCUCGGUUUGGAGCAAAAUUGAUAGGGCUAUGAUCAAUGAUAUUUGGGUGCAAAAUGGCCCACAUAUUGGUGCAAAUUUUCUUCCCUCCGGUUAUCUUUCCGAUCAUUCACUUUGUAUUGUUUCCGUUGAUGAUUGUGUUGGUAGCGGUAAGAAGCCUUUCAAGUUUUUUAACAUAUGGACUAUGCAUGAAGAUUUCCUUGAUAUUGUGCAAUCUUCUUGGCGUGUUAAUGUACGGGGGACUAAACAAUUUGUUCUUUGCAAGAAGUUGAGGAAACUUAAGGUUGCUCUCAAGGAGCUAAAUUCUAAACACUUUGGUCGCAUUUCCACGAGGGCCAAUGAGGCCAAAAGUGAAUUGGAGGCUGCCCAAAUUCAACUUGAAAAUCAGCCCCGAAAUCUGGAAUUUCAGGUUUUGGUUAAAAGUUUGAGGAAGAAAUCUCUUGAGUUAGUUUAUUGCCCUUUUCGGCCAAUUCAAAGGGAGAUCAUCACUAAUGAUCCAUUAGUCUCAUUGGAACAAGGUAACUCUUUGAUCCGGGAGAUUACCUAUGAUGAAGUUAAAGAAGCACUUUUUGAUAUCGGAGAUGAUAAAUCUCCAGGUCCGGAUGGUUACACUUCUUGUUUUUUCAAGAAUGCGUGGGGGAUUAUUUGUGAUGAGUUUGUGGGUGCAAUCUUGGAGUUUUUCUCUUUGGGUUCUAUGCUUAAACAACUCAACCAUUCCGUUAUUGCUUUGGUGCCUAAGUCGGAUCAUGCUUUGCAUGUUGGGGAUUUUAGACCUAUUUCUUGUUGUAAUGUGAUCUAUAAAGUGACCACCAAAAUUCUUGCAUCUAGAUUGAGGCUUAUAUUGGGGGAUAUUGUUGACCAAGCACAAGCCGCCUUCAUCGAAGGUAGAAGCAUGACGAAAAAUAUUCAUCUUGCUCAAGAGCUUAUGAGGCAAUACAAUAGGAAGAGAGUUGCUCCGAGAUGCCUCCUUAAAAUUGAUAUUAGCAAAGCUUUUGACUCGGUUAGUUGGGACUUUCUCAAAAGUGUUCUUGAAGGGUUGAAUUUUCCUUUGAGAUUUGUUCAAUGGAUUAUGGAGUGUGUUACCACUCCGACAUAUUCGGUUGCUUUGAAUGGAAGUAUGCAUGGUUUCUUCAAAGGCGGGAAAGGCCUUCGGCAAGGUGAUCCACUCUCCCCUUUCUUGUUCGUGAUUUGUCUUGAAUAUUUUUCUAGAAUGAUCAAGGAUGCUACAAAUGAUAGUGAUUUUAAUUAUCACCCAAAAUGUGGUCCCCUUAAGAUAACCCACUUGACUUUUGCAGAUGACUUGAUGCUUUUUGCAAGGGGUGAUGCUAUGUCCGUUGAAAUUCUAUGCAAUUGCCUUUACAAAUUUGGUUUAGCAUCGAGUUUGAAGAUCAAGACCACGAAAUCCAGCAUCUACACAGCUGGAAUUUUCGGGUAUGAGCUCCAAAAUAUUAUGGAAGUCUCAAAAUUUUCCAAAGGAUCUAUGCCUUUUCGUUACUUGGGUAUUCCCCUUGCAUCGGAGAAGCUCAAAGUGAGUUCUUAUGCACCGUUUCUUGAAAAAAUUGCUGGUUAUAUUGGUGCUUGGAGUUGUGCAUCUUUAUCCUAUGCCGGGAAGAUGGAACUCAUUAGGGCGCCUUUGUCGGAACUUCCUUUGGGGAUCAAAGAAGCCAUUGGUUGCAUGGAAGAAUCUAUGCCUUCCGAAAGCGGAAGGGGGCCUUGGUUGAAAGACUUGAAGACUUGGAAUUUAGCGCUACUUGCUAAAUCCAUUUGGAACAUUCAAAACAAGAAGGAUACCCUAUGGAUUAGAUGGGUGAAUCAAGUUUAUCUUAAGGGGACUUGCAUUUGGGAGGUUAGCCCUAAAAAGGAUCACUCCCCACUCUUCAAGAAACUGCUGGAAAUUAGGGAUGUUUUGGCUCAAUCCGGGGCUGCUGGACAUCACCAACAGGUCCCGACGGUUGGGCGCAAUAACGGGGGAAUUUCUCUACCUUAUUCUGAUGAUUUUGAGCAUAAUUUGCUGGGUAAUGUGCCUCAACACUUGGGGCGAAAUCUGCAGAUUCUGGGCAGUUUUGUGCACAGGCAGACAGCUUCAGUCAGUAGGCAGUUUUCUGAUUUUUUGAACGAAAAUCUGGGCUGUUUGGGAAUGGAUAAAUUUAGGACAAAAUUUGCUUAUGACUUCUUCAGGCCUAAAGGUUCUUUCAAAACUUGGGGAGCUGAAAUAUGGAAGCCGUGUAUCACCCCGAAGCACUCUUUCUUGCUUUGGUUAGGAGUUCAAUCUAAACUCUUAACUAAGGAUAAGUUGCACUUCUUGGACAUUGAUAUGAAUUGUGUUUUUUGUGCUCAUUCGGAGGAGACUUGUGAGCAUCUUUUCUUUAAAUGUUCUUUCACUUCUUCAUUAUGGGGGAAUGUUAGGCGUUAG